AUGACCGUCGAGCUUUGGACCCAUCAGGAAGCUGUGACGUUCAGCGUAAUGAGGUGCGUGACGGGGGGAUUGUUGACAGUGUCACGGCUGGGGCCCGCGAGGGUGGGGAGUCGGGAUGGAAAUGGGAAUGGGGUAGUGGUGAGGUGGUUGAGGGAGCCGGUUUGGGGGUGGGUGGUGUGGGUGUUGAUGGGGGGGCCGGUGGCGGGCGCGGUGGUGUGGCAGGCGGGGUGGGUGCCGGUGUUUUUGUGGUUGGGGAGGAGGGUGGUGAUGGGCGGGACGGGAGGCGGUGGGGGGUUGUUGUCUGCUGCUGCGGCUGCUGCUGGGGGGAGGGAUGGGGCGGUGGUGGUGAGGGGGAUGCGCCAUGUGAGGGUGCGCGCGGAAGGGGUGGCGGUGCCGGUUGCGGUGGAGGUGGGGUUUGUGGUGCCCGGGGUGCUGGUGCUGGUGCUGGACUCGGCGGUGGCCGUGGGCGUGUGGUUGUUGUUUCCCGUGUGGGUGUCGCUGGUGCGGCGGACAGUGCGCGCGCUGGUGGUGCGGGUGCUGGGCCGGGAACGGUGGGGGGGGAGCGCGCACCUGGAAAAGAGUCGCGCGGCGGUCGUGGGCGUGUACGCCGUGCCGGUGCUCUGCUCCGUGCUGGCGCACGCCUAUCUCAUCUGGGCGCUGACGCAGCCCGACGACCGCCGCGAGAUGACGCGCUCGAUCCUCGAGGCCAUGAUGAUCGACACAUUCUUUUUCGGCCUGACAAUCCUUUACUGGGUUUUUGUCGAGGCUGGGUGGCGGACGGCCUUGCUCAUGGUGGGGACAUCCGUUGUACUGGGUCCGGGGGCGGGGAUCUGCGUUGCCUGGGUCUAUCGGGAGCGGGUGGUCGAUCUGGAUCGGAAGCGUGACGGUGGUGGCGGUCGGGUCCCGGAGGCCGAGCGAAGACGCGGAUCCGACCGAGGAAACCCCGCUGUUGCGGUGAGGCAGAGAAACACGGUACGGGCAAGGGUUACAAGAGCGGGAAGCAAGCGCGGGAUAAGCAAGACGAGCAGGACCAGCAACACAAAGCAGCGGCCGAAGCAUGUUCUAUAA